CUUCUUUAUCUUCCCUGUAUAAAUCCAAACUCUCUUUAAUUCUCUCUCUCUCACCUUCUUCUCUGUGUUAUCUCAAACCCCUUUUUGUCUCAAUCAAUCAGUCUCUCCAUUUAAGGAAAAAUAAUGGAAGUUAAACGCACUAGAUCUUCUUCAGCUAAUUACAGCAACACCUCAUCAUCUUCAACCCUUCAAACUUGUACUGAUGAAGACAUGGACUUGAGGCGAGGUCCAUGGACGGUGGAAGAAGACUUCAAGCUUAUCAAUUACAUUGCUAAUCAUGGUGAAGGUCGAUGGAACUCUCUUGCUCGCUGUGCAGGUCUCAAACGAACAGGAAAAAGUUGCAGAUUAAGGUGGCUCAACUAUCUUCGUCCCGAUGUUCGCCGUGGAAACAUCACACUUGAAGAACAGCUUCUGAUUCUUGAGCUUCACUCUCGCUGGGGCAACAGAUGGUCCAAAAUUGCCCAACACUUGCCAGGGAGAACUGAUAAUGAAAUCAAAAACUACUGGAGAACACGUGUCCAGAAGCACGCUAAGCUGCUUAAAUGCGACGUGAACAGCAAGCAAUUCAAAGACACCAUGCGCUAUCUAUGGAUGCCAAGGUUAAUGGAAAGAAUUCAAGCCGCAAAUAAUGCUACAACCACCACAUCUGCCACCACCACCACGUCCAAUUCAACCGGCCUCGCCACAGCCACGGUGGCGGCCACUGCCACCACAGGACACAUGAUGAUGCCGCAUAUGGGACUCAAUUAUAUUAAUAAUGAGUUGGGCGGUGCACAUGUUACAGCCAGUUACACUCCUGAUAAUUCAAGCACAGCAGCUUCAUCGGAGUCGUUUGGAACCCCGGUUUCGGAUUUCACUGAUUAUUACAAUAUUCCGGUUAGUAACAAUCCGAACCAGGAAUAUUUCCAAGGCGGUAAUAACCAAGUUUAUUCAGAGUGUUUAAUCAGUCCGUCGGGUUAUUUUAAUCCUGGAAUAGAAUUCCAGGAGAUGGAGCCAGACAACAUUCAAUUGUUGGACGGUGGGGUCGAUGCAUCAGACAAUUUGUGGAAUGUUGAGGAUAUAUUGUUCUUACAGCAACAAUUCAACAGCAACAUGUGAAAAAUAAAGGGGUGGAAAUGAAAUUUUCUAAAAGUGUAGAGAGGUACAACAUGGAAAAAAUUGGGAAGAAAUAGAGUGAUUUAAUUUUAAGUAGGACAGUUAUUAAAAAUUUGAGAUAGCUAAGCUACACAGAUACAAGUCUAAUUGUGGAUUAUUAUUAUUAUUGUUAUUGUUAUCAUUAUUUACUGUAUUUUUCAUAUAUUUUUAUAUUGAGGGGUGCAUUUGUAACUUGAGGUUUUUAUUAAUCUCAUUCUUUGAUAUCAACGAAAUUGACUCUCUGUAAUUAGUCAUUUUAUAUUAGUGCCUUGCAUUAUAG